AUGACCACCAAAGACUCGUCCAAGUUCUGGAAUGUCCAGGGCAGAGGCCGCUGGUGCGAGAGAAUUACCAGCCAUCGCCGACGUGACUUUGACCCUAAGAAAGGACCCCACCCACGCAUGGGUCCCUGGAGCUCUGUCCUCCUCUGGCCUUCUGUCCAGACCAUCUUCCCUACACAGCCUUCCCCACCCUGCCACCACGUCCAGGCUGUGGAGAUGCAGGCAGUCAGCAUCCCCAGUGAGCCGAGCGAGAGCGGUUUGUUCUUACCCUACAUGCAAGGCCUCUCCUGCGAAGACACUACCACCAAAUCCCCCCGGGGGGCCCAUUACACCAUCGAGGACUCAGUAUUCACCAUCUGUGGCCCGCAGACCAGCCUGGGAGAGGUGGUCCGGGUCCAGGGCCUGCAGAUGACCACAAGUCUCUUAAGGCCCCGCUUCCUGGCACGGUCCCUGCCCAACCCAGCUCCCUUCAACUAUGAGAGCAGCUACAUCGCCGACACCUGCACCAGGCACCCCGAGAAUGUCCUCGAUGCCAGAAAAUCCUUCUAUUCUGAGCACGCCUCCUCGGGGAUGUACUCCAAGGCGUAUCUGGCGGCGAGUGUUAGAGGAAAUUAUGUUCCCAGAGCCGUGCUGGUGGACCUGGAGCCGGGCACCAUGGACUCUGUCCGCUCUGGCCCCUUCGGCCAGAUCUUCCGGCCCGACAACUUUGUUUUUGGCCAGUCGGGAGCCGGCAACAACUGGGCCAAGGGCCAUUACACGGAGGGCGCCGAGCUGGUGGACGCCGUCCUGGACGUGGUGCGCAAGGAGGCCGAGAGUUGUGACUGCCUGCAGGGCUUCCAGCUGACCCACUCGCUGGGCGGGGGCACGGGGUCCGGGAUGGGCACCCUCCUCAUCAGCAAGAUCCGCGAGGAGUUCCCCGACCGGAUCAUGAACACCUUCAGCGUGGUGCCGUCGCCCAAGGUGUCGGACACGGUGGUGGAGCCCUACAACGCCACGCUGUCGGUGCACCAGCUGGUGGAGAACACGGACGAGAGCGCACUUUACUCCUACCAGCUCUGGGCAGACAACCUAAAGAAAGGUGGCGGUGCUCUCCUGCAUUCGGUCAAGGCCAAGACUCAACCAGCUGUCAAAAACAUGUACCGCUCGGCCAAGAGCGGCUUGAAGGGUGUGCACAGCCUUCUGAUGUACAAGGAUGGGGACUCUAGCCGGCAAAGGGGGGGCUCCCUGAGAGCCCCGUCCCUCACCAGCCGCUCAGAUCGCCUGCAACAGCGCCUGCCUAUCACCCAGCACUUUGGAAAGAACCGGCCCCUUCGCCCCAGCAGGAGACGGCGACUAGAAGAGAGACCUUCUGAGUCCCGGGAGGAAGGGACACCUGCUCUGAGCCCUGAGGAGGCCCAGGACCCAUGGGCAGAGGAAGCUCUGGACAGCAGCUUCCUGGGGUCUGGAGAAGAACUGGAUUUGCUGGGCGAGAUUCUGGACAGUCUGAGCCUGGGAGCCAGCAGGACAGGUAGCCUGCGGCCCAGCCAGAGCUUGGACUGCUGUCACAGAGAGGACACAGACAGCUGCUUCAGCUUGCCUGACAUAGCAGAAAGACCAAGAUGGCAACCAGAAGAUGAGAAACUUCCAGAGCCCCAGCCCCUGUCCCUGCCUGCUGACCUGCCAUCUCAGCAAACCCUCCAGUCUUCGGAUGCCGCGACCUCCUCAAAGGACCCUAUUUCCCAGCCAGCCUUGGAGGCCAGCCAAGAAACCAUCCUUCUUCCAUCGCUGCCUUCACCAGCUUCUGCAGACCCCAGCAGCCCAGGGGACCCCGAGUCCAAUCUUCUCAUCCUACAUCUCUCCCCUCCCCGCAAGGCAGCUGAAGACCCCAGAGCCCAGGAGAGCCCCUGCUCUCAGCUGUCCACAGCACCCACCCAGUCCAGCCCUCCAGAAAGCCCCCAACUUCUGGUCCCCACAAAGCCCAACUUGGAUAUUACCUGGACAUCCCAACCCCUUGAGCCCCUUGAUUCUUCCUCAGAUCCUGGUUCCCCAGAGAACCCCAGGUCCCAGCCAUCUGAGGUCAUGCUGGCAGAACAUGCUCAUUUCCAGUGCCCCAAGGGGCCAGGAGCCCUCAGACCCCCUGCUGCACCCGACAGUGACUGGCAGGAGUCCCAGGCUAGGAGCCGGCCCAGAGUCGCUGAGCUUAAAAAGUGUUUUGAAGGUUAAGAAUCAGGGUCCCAGAGGAGACCCUGGUCCUUCAAUAAAGUCACAUGAGCCCAAA